AUUCCCAGUCCCGCGAUCCCGUUUGACUCAGUUGUGGUAGUCAUCAGGGCCAAUGGCUUCGUCGGAACAGAGACGUGCCAAAAGCUACUUAAAGCUGGAUACCGUGUUCGCAGAACAGUCUGGGAUGUCCAGUAUCAUCGUGCUUGGAUGCAUGCCCUCUUUGACCGUAAAUGGCCUGGAAAAUUUGAGCUCGUGCGCGUCACGGACUUCGAUGCCGACGGCGCGUUUGACGAGGCCCCAGGGGCUGCAGGAGUAAUGUACGUCUCGACGCCCAGCAUGUUUAAUCCCGACCCAGAUAAGGCCAUCGAUCCUAUCGUCAAGGGGACAAUCAACACUCUCGAGGCAGCAUCCCGCGCUGGACUAACAAAAGACACUUUUAAUCACAAGGCCAUAAGUAAAGCCCGCAGCGGCCUUCCCACAGACGCUUCUGAGAGGGCCUUAACCAUGUACAGUGCUAGCAGGACGACGGUAGAACUAGCAUUCUGGCACUGGCUGAAGACAAACAACCCCCCUUUUGUAGCCAACUGCGUUAUACCCGACGGCAUCUUUGGGCACGUCCUCGACGUGAGGUACGUUAAUAUAGGGUUUACCUUAUCUCUGGCUAUAUUAAAGCGCGUCUUAGUAGGUAGUUGCUUAAUAUCUCCUUCCUAUGCUUCUCGCGCGGACCCAUCCGUAGCCUUAGCCUUAACCUACCUCGUAGCCGCCGCAAUAACAGCGUAG